AUGCCGGGUUACGCCAGGUUUCUGCUUUUGCUCCUGUGUUUGAUCCUUGUCGGGGAGUGCAGGAAGCACAAAAGUAGGAAAAAGCGAUGGUCGGCGCCGGCGGAGACUCACAAGCUCGGCAAUCCUCUGUCGAAGAAGGUUGCGGAUGGAACCAAAACCCGAAAGGUGAAGACCACCCACCUUCUGCGCAUCGACGAGCAUGACUUCACUAUGAGGCCCGCCUUCGCAGGUCCUGCUGUCCCUGUGGGAGUGGAUGUUCAGGUGGAGAGCUUGGACAGCAUAUCAGAGGUCGACAUGGACUUCACCAUGACCCUAUAUCUGAGGCACUACUGGAAGGACGAGAGGCUGGCCUUCCCGAGCACCACCAACAAGAGCAUGACCUUUGACGGGCGGCUGGUGAAGAAAAUCUGGGUGCCUGACGUGUUUUUCGUCCACUCCAAGAGGUCCUUCAUCCACGACACCACCACCGACAACAUCAUGCUGCGGGUCUUCCCAGACGGUCAUGUCCUGUACAGCCUGAGGGUUACAGUUACCGCUGCAUGCAACAUGGAUUUCAGUCGUUUCCCUUUGGACUCGCAGACAUGCACGCUGGAGCUGGAGAGCUAUGCUUACACAGACGAGGACCUGAUGCUCUACUGGAAAAGCGGCGAUGAGUCUCUGAGCACUGACGACAGGAUUUCUCUGUCGCAGUUCCUCAUCCAGAAGUUUCACACUACCUCCAGACUGGCUUUCUACAGCAGCACAGGCUGGUACAACCGUCUGUACAUCAACUUCACUCUGCGGCGUCACAUCUUCUUUUUCUUGCUCCAAACCUACUUCCCCGCCACUCUGAUGGUCAUGUUGUCCUGGGUGUCUUUCUGGAUUGACCGCAGGGCCGUCCCUGCCAGAGUCUCAUUAGGUAUAACCACGGUGCUCACCAUGUCCACCAUCAUCACUGGAGUCAAUGCCUCCAUGCCCAGAGUCUCCUACAUCAAAGCUGUGGAUAUUUACCUCUGGGUCAGUUUCGUCUUUGUGUUCCUGUCUGUGCUUGAAUAUGCUGCCGUCAACUACCUGACGACAGUGAGGGACGGUAAAGAACGGAAGCUCAGAGAAAAAGUCAGGGAACAGUCCCAGACUCUUCCCUGCACCUGUGGCAUGUCGCAUGCCAGGACCAUGAUGCUGGAUGGGACAUACAGCGAGGCAGAUGCCAACAGCUUGGCAGGGUACACCAGAGCCUCCAUGAUGGCUGAGGAUGCGUCCGAAAAACAGGAGCGAAUGGUGGUGCAUCUCUCCCUGGACAACGAGUCCACGGGGACCAAGAAAAAGGGCAUUCGCGGCUUCCGGAUUAUCCAGAACACCCACGCCAUUGACACCUACUCUCGCAUGAUCUUCCCUGGUGCCUACAUCCUGUUUAACCUGAUCUACUGGUGUGUGUACUGCUGA